GAGCAGGGGGGCCGACGGCUGAGGCGGCGGCGGCGGCGGCGGCAGAGAAGAUGGCGGACGGCGACAGCGGCAGCGAGCGAGGGGGCAGCGGGAGCGGCAGCGGCGGGCCGGGCGGCGGCGGGGGCGGCGGCGGCGGCGGCGGCGGCUUCCAGGCCCUGUCCCGCGGCGGCGGCGGCGGCGAGCAGGAGACGCAGGAGCUGGCGUCGAAGCGCCUGGACAUCCAGAACAAGCGCUUCUACCUGGACGUCAAGCAGAACGCCAAGGGCCGCUUCCUGAAGAUCGCCGAGGUGGGCGCGGGCGGCUCGAAGAGCCGGCUGACGCUGUCCAUGGCGGUGGCCGCCGAGUUCCGCGACUACCUGGGCGACUUCAUCGAGCACUACGCGCAGCUGGGGCCCAGCAGCCCCGAGCAGAUCGCCGCGGCGGCGGCGGCGGCGGCGGGCGGGGGCGCCGAGGACGGCGGCGGGCCCCGCCGGGCGCUGAAGAGCGAGUUCCUGGUGCGGGAGAACCGCAAGUACUACCUGGACCUCAAGGAGAACCAGCGCGGACGCUUCCUCCGCAUCCGCCAGACCAUCAACCGCGGGCCCGGCGGCGGCGGCGGCGGGGGCGGCGGCUUCGGCGGGGGCCCCGGCGGCCUGCAGAGCGGCCAGACCAUCGCCCUGCCGGCGCAGGGCCUCAUCGAGUUCCGCGACGCCCUGGCCAAGCUCAUCGACGACUACGGCGGCGACGAGGACGAGCUGGGCGGCGGCCCCGGGGGCGGCGGCGGCGGCGGCGGCGGCGGCGGGGGGCUCUACGGGGAGCUGCCCGAGGGCACCUCCAUCACGGUGGACUCCAAGCGCUUCUUCUUCGACGUGGGCUGCAACAAGUACGGCGUCUUCCUGAGGGUCAGCGAGGUCAAGCCCUCCUACCGCAACGCCAUCACCGUCCCCUUCAAGGCCUGGGGCAAGUUCGGCGGCGCCUUCUGCCGCUACGCGGACGAGAUGAAGGAGAUCCAGGAGCGGCAGCGGGACAAGCUCUACGAGCGGCGCGGCGGGGGCGGCGGGGGCGGCGGCGGGGACGAGUCCGAGGGGGAGGAUGUGGAUGACGACUGA